CGGUAAUGUUAACCAUUACACCAUAUCCGAUACCGUCAACCUCUUACUGGGUCCUCAUCGCACGGAGGGUCUCACAUGGACAUACUACGAUAGUCUACGGUAUGUGUAGUCUCCUCAAUCUGACAACGUCGUACAACGGUACUACAACCCAAUUGCGAUUUGGGACUCACCUCGAGCGCAUGCCACGGUAUCGGUAUUUGUGUUUCAAUGCGGAGUUCUCCUGUCAAUGUCAACAGGUUAUAAAUAUAUACCAGCGCUCCUCCCCUCUGUCUUGGUGCUCAGACUUCUGCUCGUUUUUAAGAUGGGGCAGUCACUAUGCUGUGUUAUGAAUGUAGCAGACGAUGUGGAGGAGUUGCGAGUGGCAUUGCGGAGCUGUCCCCCUGGUCAUCCUCGUCGAUUCCAGUCUCUCGACAACCUUGCCGUUAGCCUUCGAAUCAGAUUCACGCAGCGGGGCGUCCUGUCCGACCUCGAUGAGGCCAUCGAGCUUCAUCGGGCAGCACUGGAACUCUGUCCCCUUGGCCAUUCCGACCGAUCUGCAUUUCUCCAUAAGCUUGCCAUUAGCCUCUAUACUAGAUUCAAGCAGCGGGGGAUUCUGUCCAACCUCAAUGAGGCUAUUGAGCUCUAUCGGGCCGCACUUGAACUCCGUCCCCCUGGCCAUUCUGAUCGAUCCUCAUCUCUCAACAACCUUGCCAUCAGUCUUCAUGCCAGAUUCAAGCAGGGGGGCGUCCUGUCAGACCUCGAUGAGGCCAUCGAGCUUGAUCGGGCUGCACUGGAGCUCCGUCCCUCUGGCCAUUCCGAUCGAUCCGGGUCCCUCAACAACCUUGCCGUUCACAUUCAAUCUAGAUUCGAACAGCGGGGCAUCCUGUCUGACCUCGAUGAGGUAAUUGAGCUCCAUCGGGCUGCAUUGGGGCUUUGUCCCCCUGGCCAUUCCGAACGAAUCAAGUCUCUCAACAACCUUGCCAGCUGCCUUCGUGACAGAUUCAAGCAGGGGGGCGUCCUGUUUGACCUCGAGGAGGCUAUCGAGCUCUAUCGAGAUGCACUGGAGUUCCGUCCCCCUGGACAUUCUGAUCGAUCCAUGUCUCUCAACAACCUUGCCAUCAGCCUUCGUGACAGAUUCAAGGAGCGGGGCACCCUGCCUGACCUAGAUGAGGCUAUUGAGCUUCGUCGAGCUGCACUGGAGCUGCUUCCCCCUUCCCAUCCUAUUCAUUCCGCAUAUCUCAACAAUCUUGCCAUCAGCCUUCGUGACAGAUUCAAGGAGCAGGGCGUCCUGUCUGACCUUGAUGAAGCUAUCGGAUUUCAUCGGGCUGCGCUGGAACACAAUCCCUCUGGCCAUUCUGAUCGAUUCACCUUUCUCAACCUCGCCCUUAGCCUUCAAGCCAGAUUCGUGCAGCAGGGCGUUCUGUCUGACCUCGAUGAAGCCAUCGACCUUCAUCGGGUUGCAUUGGAACUUCUUCCCCCUGGCCAUUCUGAUCGAUCCAAGUCUCUCAACAUCCUUACCAGCAGCCUUUAUGUCAGAUUCGAGCAGCGAGGCGUCCUGUCUGACCUCGAUGAGGUCAUCGAGCUUCAUAGGGCUGCACUUGAACUCUAUCCCCCUGGCCAUUCUCAUCGAUCCUAUUCUCUCAACAACCUUGCCGUCGGCCUUCAUGCCAGAUUCAAGCAGCGAGGUGUCCUGUCUGAUCUCAAUGGGGCCAUUGAGCUUCAUCGGGUUGCACUUGAGCUCCGUCCCCCUGGCCACUCUGGUCGAUCCACGUCUCUUAACAACCUUGCCACCAGCCUUUAUUCCAGAUUUAAGCAGCAGGGUGUCCUGUCUGAUGUCGAGGAAGCCAUUGAGCUCCAUCGAGCUGCACUGGAACUCCGUCCUUAUGGCCAUCCUGAUCGAUCCACGUCUCUCGACAACCUUGCUGGCAGCCUUCAAGCCAGAUUUCAGCAGCGGGGCGUCCUGUCUGACCUCGAUGAAGCCAUUGAGCUCCAUCGGGCUGCACUUGAACUCUGUCCCCUUGGCCAUUCUGGUAGAUCCAAGUCUCUCAACAACCUUGCUAUCAGCCAUUAUACCAGAUUCAAGCAGCGUGGCGUCCUGUCGGACCUCGAUGAGGCUAUCGAGCUCCAUCGGGCUGCACUUCAGCUCCGUCCCCCUGGCGAUUCCGAUCGAUCCGCAUCUCUCAACGACCUCGCUGUUAGCCUUGAAACCAGAUUCUUGCGGCGGGGUGUCUUGUCUGACCUCGAUGAAGCCAUUGAGCUCCAUCGAGCUGCAUUGGAGCUCCGUCCGCCUGGCCAUUCCGAUCGAUCCGUGUCUCUCAACAACCUUGCUAUCAGCCUUGAAUCCAGAUUCCUUCAGCAUGAUGUCCUGUCCGACCUCGAUGAGGCCAUUGAGCUUCAUCGGGCUGCACUGGAACUCUGUCCACCUGGCCAUUCUGACCGGGCCGCAUCUCUUGGCAAUCUUGCUGGUAGCCUUGAAACCAGAUUUGAACAGCGGGGUGUCCUGCCUUACCUUGACGAGGUCGUUGACCUCUCUGACCUCGAUGAGGUCAUUGAGCUUCAUCGGGCUGCACUGGAACUCUAUCCCCUUGACCAUUUUCAUCGAUCCACGUCUCUACUCAGCCUGGCUCUCAGCCUCUGUACUAGAUUCGAGCAACUGGGUCUAUUGCCGGACUUGGACGAAGCAUUUGGGCUUUAUUUACAACUCCCCCAAGUAUCCCAUACAGUUUCUCUUAGCAAUAUUAAUGCUGCCAAGUCAUGGGCUACCUCUGCGGAGCAGUUCCGCCACGAUUCUGCCUUGCUAGCCUAUCAAACUACAUUAAGAUUCCUCGAUCAACACGUUGCCACUCUAUCGUCCUCCUCACGCCAUUUCGAUGCGGUCAAGGGGGCUUUAUCAUCCUUUGCAACGGAUGCGUUUUCGUGCAGUGUUCGUAAUGGUUCUUUCACUACUGCUGUCGAACUGGUAGAACAAGGCCGUGCAGUAUUCUGGACCCAGUUGGCUCGCUUCCGCACACCACUGGAUGAACUUUCCAUGUCAGGUGACACCGGCGCCACCUUGGCAGCAGAGUUCAAGCAGCUCAGCCUUCACCUUCGCAACGCGUUCGAUAAGUCUACUGAAGACCAGUCCCAACACAUCCGACAGAUGACCAUGCAAUGGGACGACGUCGUCUCACGCAUCCGCAUGCUACCUCAUUUUUCCCGUUUUCUCCUGCCUCCGCUGUUUUCAUACUUGCAGAAGGCGGCAGAAGACGGACCGGUCAUUAUCGUCAACGCGAGCAAGUACAGCUGCGAUGCCUUGAUUAUCACGAGUGCCCAAGAUCCUAUUCACGUUCCACUUGAUAUCACACAAACCGAAGUCCUAAAGCUGUCCUUAGAGUUCCAAUCCCUCGCGAAGGGUUUUGGUUCAUCCGAUCCUAAACUUGAAUUACUCAAGAUUGUCAGCGUCCUCCGCAAGCUCUGGAAUAAAGUUGUUGGCCCAGUGGUUCAAGUUCUCGGGGAAUUGAUUCUCCCUGGUUCACGCAUCUGGUGGUGUCCCACCGCCGAGUUCACUCUGCUUCCUCUACACGCAGCAGGACUCUACGAGAAGAAGAGCCUAAAUUUGUCUCGCUUUUACAUCUCCUCUUACACCCCAACCUUGACGACACUCAUUCGCGCGAGACAGCAGCUUUCUCGAGAUGCCUCUACACAACGUUUUGUUGCCAUUGGUCAAGCAAACCCGGACGGGGGGACAGAACUUAAAUGUGUCGCUUCUGAGCUAGCCGUCGUCGCUCAGCGUCUCGCACCCGUUGUAUCCUUCACAUCGCUCGAGGACAGUGAUGCGACAGUGCAAGGAGCAUUCGACGCAUUGGGCCAGAAUCAGUGGCUUCACCUGGCCUGCCAUGGAAUACCAAAUCCGAAAGACCCAUUUGAAUCUUCUUUCGCAAUGCGCGACGGGCCUUUAAAGAUCAGGGAGAUCAUCCGAUCUCACUGGCAGAACCCGGAGUUUGCAUUCUUAUCGGCUUGCCACACUACCGUGGGUGAUAAGUCGAGCCCAGAUGAAGCAAUUAAUCUCGCUGCGGCGAUGCAAUUCUCUGGAUUUCGCAGCGUGAUCGGUUCCAUGUGGACUGUCGACGACGACGUUGCACGCCAGGUUGUUUCUGUGUUUUAUGAACAUCUGAUUGAUGGUUCGGGGAGAUUGGACUGCACGCGCGCUGCGGUAGCAUUGCACAAAGCUAUGAAAUCGUUACGCAAGAAGAUUCCGCUGGAACAGCAGAUUGUGUUUUGUCUCAGACUGCGAUCUCGAAGGCAAUUUAGCCUUGCUCAGUCAACUAGGACUCUAGGAGGUACUACACAAGAUGAUCAAUUAGCAUGGGCAAUUCGUGCUCUCACUAGAGAGAUUUCUGGAAUCGUUCGGAGCAUCCAGCGAGUGCUGCAAUCUGCGAGCAAACUCAUAGCGCCAGGUGAUGAUGCGCUCCCGAAGCUGUUGAGACAGUUUUUUAUGCAACACACUUUGUAGGAAGACUGAAUAGAAUGACAUUGACGUUCCUGCUGGUUCCUCAUGUUCAUGUAUGCCUCAUGCAUAUGGUUCGUUGGAUGUCGUUAUUUUGCAAUGUACAGGCUUGUACAGUACAGCCGUCAGGCUUCGGUCCGAGACGAGUUGUGUAUGCCUCAUGAACUCACACACCGAUAGCGGUUAAAAGUCUACUACUCUCAGCACUGAACAUUUCUCACCGCUCAUUUACCUUUCUUCAUGGAUUCUUCAAAGAUAAAAAAGAAGAUCAAUCGCUUUCGAAUUCUCAUCAUAGGAAGAGCGAAUGCAGGGAAAACUACCAUCCUCCAGAGGGUGUGCAAUAC